AUAAAGAAAACGUGGCGGUACUUUUUCUAUAUAUGUCAUCAACAGGUGCACGAUUACUCACAACUCAACUCCGUUUCACAUAGAGCCACGAGGAGAACUUGUUUGAUUUCACUUUACAAGAGAAAAAUUUAUAGCUUCGUGAAAACAAUGAGCAAUAGAAACCACGUGUUAGUGAUUUUCCUCAUAAGUUUGUGGUGUGGUUUUCAAAGUUCGCAAGGAUCAAGCAAUUCUACAGUCAUACAGCAAAACGGCACGAAAGAAAACAGCACUGUUAACCAUUCGCAGACAACAGAAACCAAGAACUGGUUCGUGUUGAGCGUUGAAAACACGACAAGAAUAUUCAAUGCGACAGCAAUCAUAGCAAUGGUCGGCUCGUUGCUCAACUUGGCGGUUGUUGUUGCUAUUUUGGUGGAUCCUUUAAAAAUUCUUCGUAAAGGACCGUGGAUGUCCAUAGUGAAUCUAUCCAUCGCCGACCUCAUAACUUGCAUUACCAGUGUUUUCUUGUUUGGUAAUAGAAUUCUAGAAUUGACUCAAACAAGACUCGACCUUGUAAUUAUUGAUUUUUGUUACAUGUUCGGGCGUGCUGGCUCAUUCUUCGCCCUGACAUUGUUAUCAUAUCAAGUAUUCAUUGUAACCAAAUACCCGUUUGAAAGCCAACACCGCUGCAGACGAUCCAAAAUCAUAGUAUACAUUACUGUCCUGUGGCUUGUAGCUUUUCCAUUGGGAAUGCUUAAUACGCUUUGGUAUUUUAAAAAAUACGACAACAAAGAUUUAUUGAAAGUUUACAUCGCUAACAUAGCAGUCUUAGAAAUCGUAGUUGCCAUCCAAAUUUUCCUUAACAUCAGUGUUAUCAAGGAAAUUCUUCGUAGUGGACAAAAUGUGACUGUCGCGAACGCAAGGCAUAAACAAAUGGCAAAUAUGAUUGUGUACCUGACAACCAUUCUGGUGCUAACUGCCUUUCCACCUUUCGUUCUCACUCAAAUACAGCUUUUGGUAAGACUGAAGGUUAUCGGAACAAGUAAGUGGGCUAAAAUUACACAUGCCGUAGGCGUUUACAGCCUGCCAAUCGCAAUGUUGAAUUAUGUAAUAAACCCCAUUGUUUAUUCCCUGCGUUUAUCUACCUAUCGAAAACACUACUAUUCUUUCUGUGCUUCCGUAUGAGGACUGGGCUCAAUCAUUCAUCAUCGAGACAAACAACUUCAGUUUCACUGGAAAGUUGGAAAGCGACUGAAAAUUCAAGAAAGACAACAACUAAUCGUAUUGGUCAAGAUAACCUUGGCUUGAAAAAACAAGAAGAAACUGACUAUACAGGGACGAAAUAACGACAUGCAUGGACCUUACUUAUUCAUUAUGUAAGAGAACACGUUUACCAUACAAAAUUUUCACGUAUUUAAAUACAUUUAAUGUAGCUAACACUAAACACUUAGCUUUCGGUAAAAAAGCUUGUAUCAAUACAUUGUGACAAAACCGCUUCGGUCACACUUUUCCUUUUA